AUGACGAUGGACAUUGCACUUGCACCAAUCCUUACGUACCAGGGCAAGGCCUGUAAGAAGAAGGGCGUGAAACCUCACAAGCAUGGUAUGGUCUAUCACAACAAGCCUCAUCGUCUUCUACCAAACGAGCCAGAGCUUGGAUUCCCGGCCGUGCGAGCCAAGCUCACCGUCGAAGGGGAGAAGCUCGACAAGGCUUCUCGCGUCAACUAUUCGAAGCUUGUGACCAUUGAACACAAUGUCAAGGUCUUCUUCAUCGGUUACAUCAGCCCCGAGCGGAUGGACGAUUUUGCAGGUGCUGUCGACGCAUGCUGGGAGAGCAAGACGCACUCGCACCGGAGAUCAAGGAGAUGA